CCCAUCGAAAUAGGUUAUUUUCGUCUUCUUUUCACGAUUCGAACCACUGGCCCCUCCAUCUUCACAAAUCCGUUAACCACAGGACACAAACAGUUGCAGUCACUUGAACCUUCAAACUUGGUUCAACUUCCACAAAUGAACUCCAUCUUCCAGUUCAUCCUCUGUUGAAACCAUGUCCUGUGUUGAGCAAGAGAAUUCUAAGGAGAACUCUAACCCCAACACCUCUGUGAAGAGGACGCCUUCCACCUGGACAAAUCUUUGGCUCAAAAACACCAAACCCUUGAAAAAUGUUGUCUUUACUAUGAAGUUUCAGCAAUCUCUAUCUACACCCACCUCUAAACUUUCCAAAAACGACAAACCCGUAAUUUCAAAUUUCUCUAAAUUUGACCGUACCCUUUUGUUAUCUGACGAUAUUCUCCUCACAAUCCUCUCAAAACUUCCCCUUUCGCAGCGUAACGCUAACUACCUUGUUUGCAAACGCUGGUUGAAUCUUCAGGGUCGGCUUGUACGCUCACUCAGAGUGUUGGAUUGGGACUUUCUUGUAUCUGGUAGGUUGAUUUCAAGAUUCCCAAAUUUAACCAAUGUUGAUUUGAUAAAUGCGUCUCUUGUUUCGCCUAGGAAUUCGGGUGUUUUGUUGAGUCAUAAGUUUCUCUCUGUCCAUGUUGAUUCUUGGGAUCCUAGGUUUUAUGAGCAUAACAUGUUGUUACCUGUUGAAAUGAUUGAUAAAGGGCUAGCAAAUCUUGCUAGCGGGUGCCCUAAUUUGCAUAGGCUUGUGGUGAUUGGAGCUAGUGAAUUAGGGUUGUUGAGUGUAGGGGAGGAGUGUUUGACUUUGCAAGAGUUAGAGCUGCAUAAGUGCAGUGAUAAUGUGUUGCGUGGGAUUGCCGCAUGUGAGAAUUUACAAAUCUUAAAAUUGGUUGGGAGUUUGAAUGGAUUUUACAGCUCAUUGGUUUCUGAUAUUGGUUUGACAAUUUUGGCUCAGGGGUGUAAAAGAUUGGUUAAGCUUGAGCUUAGUUGUUGCGCGGGUAGUUUUGAUGGAAUAAAAGCAAUUGGGCAGUGUUGUCAAAUGCUUGAGGAAUUGACAUUUGUUGAUCAUAGGAUGGAUGAUGGGUGGCUGGCUGCUCUUUCGUAUUGUGAGAAUUUGAAGACUUUGAGGUUUGUGUCCUGUAAAAGGAUGGAUCCUAGUCCAGGGCCGGAUGAGUAUUUGGGUUAUUGUUUGGCUUUAGAGCGCUUGCAUUUGCAAAAGUGUCAGUUGAGGGAUAAGAAGAGUGUGAGAGCCCUAUUCAGGGUGUCCAAAGCUGUUAGGGAAGUUAUGUUUCAAGAUUGUUGGGGACUGGAUAAUGAUAUCUUCAACUCUGCAAGUGUUUUCAGGAGAGUAAAAUUUUUAUCUUUAGAAGGAUGUCCAUUGCUAACAACAGAAGGUCUGGAAUAUGUGAUUCGUUCCUGGACAGAGCUCGAAAAUCUGAGUGUGAUGUCAUGUAAGAAUGUAAAGGCUGGUGAAGUCUCUCCUGCACUUUCAACCUUAUUCUCAACCCUUAAAGAGCUUAAAUGGAGGCCAGACACCAAAUCUCUUCUUGCUUCAAGUCUUAUGGGAACUGGCAUGGGAAGAAAAGGAGGGAAAUUUUUCAAGAAGGCAUAAUACCUUAAAUAGUCACCUAAAAAGACUAGCUUUUGCACCGCUUUCCCAACCACAGCCACCAUGAAGCAACUUUUCUCUUCAAAAGGGUAUCAAUCCAUUGCAAGCACUCUCGUUUAUUUAGGAAGUUAACAUUCAUGUCAACAAAUGCAAACUUUUCCUCAGCCUCCCCCUUGUUGUUACGGAUGCCACCCAAGGCUGGAGUAUCAGAAAUUUGCAUGCCCUGUUUAGCCUUUUUCAGUGCACAUUAGAUUGUGGAUGUCAUGCUGAUUUCAAUAUCAUGUGCAGGAUUCACUGGAGGAUGUUUAGGUGUUAUUAAUGUAUCUAUCAUGCUUAACACAUACUUAUUUCUAAGACUCUGAUUAGAAUGUAGUAUUUGUUCAGAGUUAUUGUCUGACUGUAAAGUAGAAUUGUACUUAAUUAUCUUGAUCAAUUUAUUGUUGCUACCCCAUAGACAAUAUUACAUCAUUAUCUUCUUC